AUGAACUUCCGGGACGUCUUCACGUGCGAGCAGGCGCAGUGCCUCGCCCCUCCGCCUCGUCUCAUCACCGACCAGGACCGUGCGGACCACGUGCGGCAGCAGCGCCGCCUCCUCAUCGCCGAGGAGGACGAGCGAGCCAUGGCGGAGUGGCGCCAUCGCCACCCGGAGGACGUCGCCGCCGAGAACGAGUUCUGGGCAGAGAGGACGGCAAGGCGCCGCGCGGAGCGUGCCGACAAGCGUCGGCGCAAGGCACUGGCCUUAUCGCAGUGCGAUAUCGUCGAGAACGGCGGACAGUCGAUCUUCUCCCCCAACGAUCUGCGUUGGGAUGACAUGUGGCUCGAUACCUCGGACAACACCACCGAGGAUGAUGAUGGUGAUGAUGAUGACGGCUGGGAGUCAUCGUAG